UGUGACUCGUUACUUCGCUGCGCUGCCCGUCAAACGAACGAUUUUUUCAUCGCCGCAGUCCCGUGUGUGUGGAAAUUACGAAAUUUUAGUUUUAUUAAAAGUUUAAAAAAAAUCCGCAAAUAAACAUAAAAUAUGGCUUCUGUCUGUGGACGCAUGGCUCUGCGUGCCGCUGCACGUCAAAAUGUCACAUACACUCCAGUUCGCUUCUGCAAGAUGAUGAACGAUCCCAUGGAACAUGCCACUGGUAUCGAAAAGCGUGAAUUGUUGGCCAAGGCUGCCGGCAAUGACAACCCCUUCGAUAUGAAAGUGUUCAAGCGUGGUGCUGGCACAAAGGAAAAUCCCAAUCUGAUACCUUCCGCUUUUGAUGCCCGUAUUGUCGGUUGCAUUUGCGAAGAAGACCAAACUUACGUCCAAUGGAUGUGGCUUCAAAAGGGUACUCCCAAACGCUGUGAAUGCGGUCACUGGUUCAAACUGAUUGAAAAGGCUGCAGUCUAAAGGAGGCAAAAUGUAACAUUAAUUAAAACUAAAGUAUCGUUCUGUUUACCAAGAAAUUUAAGUAAAAAGUAACCUUAACAAAAAAAUCUCUAUGUGAAUUAUUUCAUAAUUUUGUUAUUGUUCUGAGCGUUCUCCUAAACAAGGUACAUAUUUUGUAUAUAACAUAAUACAAGAGGUUACUUUUUUCUUGUGGAGCUUUGGGAAGAAACUAUACACAGAUGUGUUGCACACCGCCAUAGUACACCUGUUCAUGUUUAAAUCUAAAUAAAGUCAAUAAUUCAAUGAACCAUCAAAUUAAACAUUCAAUAACAACUUGAACAUAAAUAAAUAAAGUAGCAUUACAAAAUCUAGUCAGUGUGAACUGAAA